AUGGAAGAAGAUAAAGAUGUCCCACUCAUUUUGGGGCGGCCUUUCUUAGCCACUGGGAGAGCAAUUGUAGAUGUUCAGAAGGGGCAGCUGAUAUUAAGGCUUGGUGACGAGCAAAUCUCAUUCAACGUUGAGAUUGAGACAUGUGCUAGGUUUUUGGAGAGUAACCAGCCAUAUAUGCACAGACGCUACUAUGAAGAGCUGGGAACUAGAACUGCAAAAUCAGUGCCAUCUAUUGUGAAACCACCCAAAUUGGAACUCAAACAACUGCCACCACAUCUUCGAUAUGUGUACCUGGGGGAAUCUUCUACACUACCUAUUAUUAUUUCAAGCACUGUCAGUGAGGUAGAGGAAAAGAAACUACUUCGGGUGUUAAGGGAGAAUAAAACAGCUAUUGGAUGGUCUAUUGCAGAUAUAAAGGGGAUCAGCCCAUCCAUAUGCAUGCAUAAGAUACUCAUGGAGGAAAAAUUUAAACCAAGCAUUGAUGGCCAGCGGAGAUUGAAUCCACACAUGAAGGAAGUGGUUAGAGCUGAGGUAUUCAAGUUGCUCGAUGCGGGCAUUAUUUAUCCAAUAUCAGAUAGUGCGUGGAUCAGUGCAGUGCAAGUUGUUCCCAAGAAAGGAGGAAUCACAGUGAUAGAAAAAGAGAGAAAUGAGUUGAUUCCUACACGGACGGUGACUGGAUGGAGAGUGUGCAUUGACUACCGUAAGCUUAACUCAGCUACUCGAAAGGAUCACUUUCCAUUACCGUUCAUUGAUCAGAUGUUGGAGAGAUUAGCAGGGCAUUCACACUACUGUUUCCUAGAUGGGUACUCCGGGUAUAAUCAGAUUCCAGUGGCACCAGACGAUCAGGAGAAGACCACUUUCACUUGCCCCUACGGCACCUUUGCAUACAGAAGGAUGCCAUUUGGAUUAUGCAAUGCUCCCGCUACCUUUCAGCGCUGCAUGAUGGCUAUUUUUUCAGACAUGAUUGAGAAAUACAUCGAGGUAUUCAUGGAUGACUUCUCUGUGUUUGGAUCUUCAUUUGAUGAGUGCUUGGAGCAUCUAAGUCUUGUGCUACAACGGUGUACGGAGACCAACUUGGUGUUGAAUUGGGAGAAAUGUCACUUUAUGGUGCAAGAAGGUAUCGUACUAGGGCACAAAAUUUCAGCAAAGGGUAUUGAAAUAGACAGGGCAAAGAUUCAGGUGAUCGAGAAGUUACCACCACCUACCUCAGUGAAGGGUGUUCGCAGUUUUCUUGGGCACGCUGGAUUCUACAGAAGGUUUAUCAAGGAUUUUUCAAAAAUUACCAAACCUCUGUGCUGUUUACUGAUGAAAGUGUCCACAUUUGAGUUUACUGAUGAGUGUCUGCAGGCCUUUAAUACUUUAAAAGAGAAGUUAACUUCAGCACCUAAAGGCAGUGAAAAUGUGGUAGCGGACCACCUAUCUCGGCUUGAGGACACAGAACAGGAAGAGACAGUGGAAAUAAACGAGAUCUUCCCAGAUGAGCAGAUCUUUGGUGUGAUGGAAGCACCCUGGCGGGGAGCUGAUCAAAUCGUUCGGCGUUGUGUACCAGAGGAAGAAGUGCCUUUGAUAUUAGAGAACUGUCACUCAUCAAUAUAUGCAGGGCAUUUUGGUGCUUCUAAGACAGCGGCGAAAAUUCGCCAAUCAGGUUUUUACUGGCUCACACUCUUUAAGGAUGCGUUUGAAUUUGUAAAGAGGUGUGACCGAUGUCAGCGCACGGGUAACAUCUCUAGAAGAAAUGAGAUGCCUUUGAGUAGUAUCUUGGAGGUCAUCGAUCAUCUUUUGCAUGAUAGCCUAGGCACUACACGUUUAAUGUUGCAUGAAUGGGUGCUAAAUGACGUGUUUGGGUGUUCGAGU